UAGGAGCGGGGUUAACAGACGGCAUUCACAGCGGCGGCGCUGCCUAGGCUCUCGGCUCUCGCGAGGGGCAGCUCUGCGCGCUGCGCGGCUCUGUGUUGCGUGCGUGCGCUCCGCGUCCAGGCCGGUGCGCGUCUCCACUGCCAAUGCGUAAAUAUCGGGUGUCAUCCGCUCUGAACUCGGCGGCGCAGAGCGCUAUUGCGCGCCAGCCUGCGAGCAUGGCGAACCGCAGUGAGCGCGGCUCGCUGCUGCUGCUGCUGCUGCUCUCCCUGUCCGCGCUCGCCUGUGCGGGCACGGUGGCGGCGCAGAACGAGGACGCCGACCUCUUCUUCGAGCCCAGGUCGGGCCCGACGAGCGAUUCCAUUCUGGUGGCCAACAACGGCGUCCGCGUGCCUUUCGGCCGCUCCGUCCACAUCGACCCCAUCAACGAUCUGGUGGUGCAGCUGCAGCCGGGUGACCGGUGCGCCAUCACGGUGCUGGAGAACGACCCCCUGUCGCAGCGGCCCGGCAUGCUGACGCCCAAAAAGUUCCCGUGCGACUUCGGCCCCACGGACGUGAAGUACUCCCACUUCGGCUCGCGGAGCCCGACCAAGGACCGCGUGAAGCUGCAGCUGCGGUACGACACGGAGACGGGCACGGUGGUCAUCCCGUUCAUGAUCGAGGUGGAGGUGGUGUUCCUGCAGCAGGAGAUCAUCACGCGCAACCUGCCGCUCAACGUCGAGAAGCUCAUGGGCACCAGCGGUCCCAUCGACAAAAAGAUACUGGAGUUCACGUACAACCAGGCGGACGAGGUGUGCAGAAUCACGGCGCUCGUCGGCGCGGGCAACCUGCCGCGCUACGGCAAGCUCGUCAACUUCAACGCGAACCACCAGAUGACGAGCUGCGCCGAGUUCGUCAGCGCCGACAUCCGCUACGAGCACACGGCGCUCACGAGCACCCCGAACCGUGACUACGUCCCCAUGUUGGUGGAGCUCACGGACAAGGAGGGAGAAGUGCUCAAGCAGGAGUAUUUCCAGAUCAUGGUGCGCAUCAGAGAGGGAGCCGAGAACACGCCGCCAAAGCCCAGCUUCGUGGCCAUGAUGAUGAUGGAGGUGGACCAGUUCGUGAUGACGGCCAUAACGCCGGACAUGCUGGCCGCAGAGGACAUCGAGUCCGAUCCGGACAACCUGGUGUUCAACAUCACGUCCCCGCUGGGCCAUCAGCAAGGCUACAUCGUGAGCACGGACGAUCGCAACCUGCCCAUCACCUCCUUCUACCAGCGCGACGUCAAGGACCUGAAGAUCGCCUACAAGCCGCCGUCGGUCGACUCGGACGCGGAACGCAUUUUUCAGAUCGAGAUGGAGGUGGUGGACACGGAGGGCUCCGCGUCGGACCCCUUCGCGUUCAUGAUCGUCGUGAAGCCCAUGAACACGCUCGCACCCGUGGCGACGCGCAACACGGGGCAGCUGCUCUUCGAGGGGCAGUCGCGGCCGCUGUCGAGCGCGCAGAACCUCGAGAUCAGCGACGAGGACAACCUGGGAGACGUGCGCAUCAGCGUCAUCGACGGUCUCAAGCGCGGCGAGCUCACGGUGCUGGGUGCUCGCAAGAAAUUCUUCACCCCGGCCGACCUCGACGCCGGCAUCGUCGUGUACCGGCACGACGGCAGCGACACGUACAGCGACAACAUCAUAUUCCGCAUGAGCGACGGCAAACACGAGGUGGAGUUUCUCUUUCCCGUCACCAUCGUGCCCACCGAUGACGAGCCGCCCAUCGUGAACGCCAACACGGGUCUCGUGCUCUCCAAGAACGAAAUCGUGCAGCUGUCGCCCUUCGUGCUGAGCGCCACGGACAUCGACUCCGAGGACUCGACGGUCAGGUUCACGGUCGAGGAGCCGUACUCGAGCGUGGGCGAGCUCGUGCUGAGACAAAACGAGCCCGUGGAGGACGAGACGUCGUGGACCUUCGUCGAGUCGGAGGGCGUCUACGAGAAGGUGGUGACCGAGUGGCUGCAGCAGGACAUCCUGGACGGCAGGCUGCACUACCGGCACGUGGGGCCGCACAGCACCACGACCGUCAUGGACCAGUUCGUGUUCCGCGUUCAGGACGACAACGAGCCGCCCAACCAGUCGGGCGAGCACUCGUUCGUGAUCAAGAUCCAGCCCGUGGACGAUCUGCCCCCGGAGCUGGUGCCGGGCACCACCCUGCAGAUGACGGUGAAGGAGUACGAGCUGACGCACCUGCGCAAAAAGUUCCUGCGCUACACGGACCUCGACUCGGACGACCGCGACCUCAGGUACACGGUGAUCAAACCUCCCACGGACACGGACGAGAAUAACCCCGUCGCCUUUGGGCAGCUGGUCCUCACGGACAAGCCGGACACCGCGGUGAGCGAGUUCACGCAGGCGCAGGUGAACCACCACAAGGUGGCCUACAAGCCGCCCGAACAGGAGCUCGGCAUCACGCCCCACGUCGUUCAGUUCGCCUUCACGGUGGAGGACACGGCCGGCAACGGCGUGGAGGGCACCUUCAUCAUCUUCCUGCAGCCCGUGGACAACAAGCCCCCGCAGAUCAUCAACACGGGCUUCACGGUGCCAGAGAGGGGCACGUUCGUGAUCACGAGCCGAGAGCUGGACGCCACCGACACGGACACGGACGGCAACCAAAUCACGUUCACGCUCACGCAGGCCCCCAAGCACGGCCAGCUGCUGUACGUGAACGUGGCGAUGGCCGCGGGCGAGGUGUUUGCGCUCGACGACAUCGCGAACGGACGCGUCGCUUACUCCCACAGCGGCGCCGAGACGCUCGUCGACUUGUUCACGUUGGACGUGAGCGACGGCGUGCACGCGUUGCCCGUCACCGUCAAGGUGUCUGUGAAGCCGGUGGACGACGAGACGCCCACCAUCAUGCUGCCCGAGGGCACGCUCGGCUCGUACAUGGACGUGCUGGAGAACGGCGCCAGCGAGAUCACGACGAACGUGAUCCGAGGAACGGACGCCGACACGGACGACACGAUGCUCACGUUCAUCGUCGAGGACGUGCCCAAGUCGGGCGAGAUCCUGGUGAACGGCGCGCCCGCGGAGCGCUUCACGCAGCAGGACAUCAUCAACGGCGCGGUCCUCUACGCGCACACGGGCGGCGAGAUCGGCGCGCAGAAGCAGGAGGACGGCUUCAACCUCACCAUCUCCGACCUGUCCGACGAGUGGGUGGUGGGCGGUAACAACGUGCAGGGGGUGCGCGUCAGAGUCACCAUCCUGCCCGUGGACAGCGUCGCCCCCGUGGUGACGAUGGGGGAGCAGUUCGCGGUGAACGAGGGCGACAAGAACGUCAUCGCGCUGCACAACCUCAGGGCCGAGGACGUGGACACUCCCGACGAUGACAUCCUCUGCACCGUCAUCGUUCAGCCGACCUCGGGCUACCUGGAGAACAUCUCUCCGGCUCCCGGCUCGGAGAAGUCGCGCGCGGGGACUCCCAUCAGCGCCUUCACCAUCAAGGACGUGCGGCUGAGGCACGUCAACUACGUGCAGAGCAUCCACAAGGGCGUGGAGCCCGUGGAGGACAGGUUCACCUUCCGCUGUUCGGACGGCGUUAACUUCUCGCCCAGGCACUUCUUCCAGAUCGUCAUCCAUCCGGCCAACGACGAGAAGCCCGAGAUCUUUAGCCGAGAGUUCAUCGUGAUGGAGGGCAUGAGCCUCGUCAUCGACACCCCGAUCCUGAACGGCAAAGACUCGGACGUCCCUCCCGAUCCGCUCGAGUUCACGAUCACGAAGAAGCCCAAGCACGGGCAGAUCGUGCAGCAGAGGGCUACGGGCACCGUGCCGGUCGUGAGGUUCACCAUGGAGGACAUCACGGGCGGCUCCAAUAUCGUGUACGAGCACGACGACUCGGAGACGAAGGAGGACGGCUUCGAGAUCAGCCUUUCGGACGGGAAGAACAGCGUGGACAAGAAGAUCCUCAUCAUGGUGCUCACGGCGGACGACGAAACGCCGCGCAUGACCAUCAACGACGGGCUCGAGGUCGAGAUUGGUGAAGUCAAAACCAUCACCAAUAAGGUACUCAAGGCCACGGACCACGAUUCGGACGACAAGACGCUCACGUACAUCAUUCGUUUUGGACCCGGCCAGGGCUUCUUGCAGCGAGUAAACAAGGAAGAUGACGACUUUGACAACGUGACCGUCGGCAUGAACUUCACGCAAGACGAAAUCGACAAGGGUCUCAUCCAGUACGUCCACACGGGUCAAGAGGGCGUCCGGGACCUCAUCAAGUUUGACGUUACCGACGGGAAGAACCCUCUGAUCGAUCGGUAUUUUUACGUCAGCGUCGGCAGCAUCGACAUGGUCUUCCCAGACGUCAUCAACAAGGGGGUGACGCUCAAGGAAGGCGGCCGGGUCACGCUGACCACCGACCUGCUCAGCACGAGCGACAUCAACAGCCCAGACGAAAACCUCGAGUUCAGCAUCACGCGAGCGCCCAUCCGCGGCCACCUCGAGUGCACAGACAAGCCGGGUGUCCCCAUCGCCACCUUCACGCAGCUCCAACUGGCGGGCAACAAGGUCUACUACAUCCACAACUCGGACGACGAGGUGAAGAUGGACAGCUUCGAGUUCGAGGUGACGGACGGCUACAACCCGGUGUUCCGCACGUUCCGCAUCUCCAUCAGCGACGUGGACAACAAGAAGCCCGUGGUUACGAUCCACGAGUUGAGGCUCAACGAGGGCGAGACCAAGCUGAUCACGCCGUUCGAGCUGACCGCGGAGGAUCGCGACACGCCAGACCGCCGCCUGCGCUUCACCGUCACGCAGGUACCGGUGCAUGGACAGCUGCUCUACAACGGCUCCCGGCCCGUGAUGGCCUUCACCAAGCAGGACCUGAACGAGAACCUCGUCAGCUACCGGCACGACGGCACCGAGACGAGCGAGGACAGCUUCUCGUUCACGGUGACCGACGGCACCCACACGGACUUCUACGUGUUCCCCGACACGGUGUUCGAGACGCGCAAGCCGCAGACUAUGCGCAUCCGCAUAGUCGAGGUGGACAACGGCGUGCCCCAGAUCCUGGUGAACAAGGGCGCGCCCACUCUGCGCCUCCUGCCCACGGGACAUCUGGGCUUCAUGAUCAGCGGCAAGUCGCUCAAGGCGGAGGACCGAGACAGCUCCAAUCGGGUGCUCACCUUCACCAUCACACAGGGGCCCGAGCACGGCUUCGUCAUGAACGCCGGCCUGGGCAAUGACAGCGUCUCCACGUUCACGCAAGGUGACAUCGAUGAAAUGAAGGUUUUCUACGUGCUCAAUGAGGGGGACAACGCCACCAGCGACAUUUUCCAGUUCUCCGUUGAAGAUCUGGGAACAAACCAGCUGAAGAAUCAGGUGUUCCGCCUGAACUGGGCAUGGAUCUCGCUGGAGAGGGAGUACUACCUGGUGGACGAAGACGCCAAGUUCCUGGAGGUCACCCUUCGUCGCCGUGGGUACCUCGGCGAAACUUCGUUCGUCAGCAUCAGCACGAAGGACGGCACGGCCGAGAAGGACAAGGACUUCAAGGGGAAGGCCCAGAAGCAGGUGCAGUUCAACCCGGGCCAGAGCAGCGCCUCGUGGAAGGUGCGCAUCUUUGCCGACGCCGAGUACGAGACGACGGAGACGUUCGAGAUCGUGCUGUCCGACCCCGUCAUGGGGGCCCUCGAGUAUCCCGACGUGGCCACCGUGGAGAUCGUGGACCCGGGCGAUGAGUCGACGGUGUUCAUCCCGCAGGACGUUUACCGCGUGGAAGAGGACAUCGGGGAGCUUAUAGUGCCGGUGCGUCGCUCGGGAGACACCAGCCAGGAGCUGAUGGUCAUUUGCUUCACGCAGCAGGACACAGCCACGGGCACCAUCCCCAGCUCGGUGCUCUCCUACUCGGACUACAUCAGCCGCGCGGACGACCUCACGAGCGUCCUGCGCUUCGACAAGGGCGAGACGGAGAAGCCGUGCCGCGUGGUCAUCAUCGACGACUCGCUCUACGAGGACGAGGAGGCCUUCAACGUCACGCUGGGCUCGCCCAUGGGAGGUCGCGUCGGCGCGGAGUUCUCCUCGGCCCGCAUCGUCGUCCUCGCCGACACGGACGACGAGCCGUCGUUUUAUUUUGGCGACACCGAAUACCACGUGGACGAGAGCGCGGGCUUCGUGGAGGUGCGCGUCUGGCGCACGGGAACGGACCUCUCCAAGACGGCGACGGUGACCGUGCGAUCCCGCAAGACGGAGCCCGUCUCGGCUGAAGCUGGAGUGGACUAUGUAGGAAUCAGCCGGAACCUGGACUUUGCGCCAGGCGUGACGAUGCAAAAUUUCCGCGUGACGAUCCUGGACGACCUGGGCAAGCCUGUGCUGGAGGGCCCCGAGAGCUUCGAGCUGGUGCUGCGCAUGGCGGUCAACGCCGUGCUGGGAGAGCCGAGCCGCACCGUCGUCGUCAUCAACGACUCCAUCUCCGACUUGCCGAAGGUGCAGUUCAAGGAGGCGUCGUACUCGGCGCAGGAGAACGACGGCGCCGUGUCGGCGGUGGUGUACCGGAGCGGCGACGUGAGCCACCGCUCGUCCGUGCGCUGUUACACGCGGCAGGGCAGCGCCGAGGUGAUGGCCGACUACGAGGAGCGGCCCAACACCGACGACUCGAUCGUCUCCUUCCUACCAGGCGAGAUAGAGAAGCCGUGCACCGUGGUGCUGGAGGACGAUCAGCUGCACGAGGAGGAGGAGGAGCUGCGUCUGGUGCUCGGCUCGCCCAAGAGCGAGUCGCCCUUCGGGGCGUCGAUCGGCGAGCAGAAUGAGACGGUGAUCAAGAUCAAGGAUGACACCGACAAACCCAUCAUCAGGUUCAACGAGACCAAGUUCAGCGUGAAGGAGCCCACAGAGGCGGGCGGCGUGGCGGUGGUGCGCGUGCCCGUGGUGCGGGUGGGCGACGCCUCCAAGCUGUCGGUGGUGCGCGUGCACACCAAGGACGGCUCGGCCACCUCUGGGGAGGAUUACCACCCCAUAUCCGAGGAGCUGGAGUUUAAGGAAGGAGAGACGCAGCACUUUGUGGAGGUGGAGAUCCUGUACGAUGGUGAGCGGGAGAUGAGAGAGGCCUUCACUAUCCACCUCAAACCGGACGAGAAUAUGAUCGCUGAGACACAGAUGAGCCGAGCGAUCGUCUACAUCGAGGAGAUGGACAGCAUGGCGGACGUGACGUUCCCGUCAGUGCCGCAGGUCGUGUCGCUGCUCAUCUACGACGACACGUCGCGCAGCAAGGAGAACGCCCACCCGCACGCUGGCUACCCCGUCGUCUGCGUCACGGCAUGCAACCCCAAGUACUCGGAGUACGACAAGACGGGUUCCAUCUGCUCGGUGGAGAACAUCAACGACACGCUGACGCGCUACCGCUGGCUCGUGAGCGCCCCGACGGGGCCCGACGGAGUCACGAGCCCCAUGCGGGAGGUGGACACGGACACGUUCUUCACCAACACCAAGAGCAUCACGCUCGACGCCAUCUACUUCGCCCCGGGAUCGCGCGUGCAGUGCGCCGCCCGCGCCGUCGGCUCCACGGGACAGGAGGGCCUCGAGCUGCUCAGUCCCAUCAUGGUCAUCAGCAAGGAGGAAGGGCUUUGCCAGCCGCGAAUUCCGGGCACAGUGGGGGCCGAGCCCUUCUCGGCAAAACUCCGCUACACGGGGCCAGACGACCCCGACCACCCAAACCUCAUCAAGCUCACCGUAACCAUGCCCCACAUUGACGGAAUGCUGCCCGUCAUCUCCACGCGUCAUCUCUCCAACUUCGAGCUGACCCUGAGCCCUGACGGCACCCGCUCGGGCAACCACAAGUGCUCCAACCUGCUGGACUACAACGAGGUGCCGACCCGCUACGGCUUCCUCACCGAGUCCACCAAGGACCCGUCGGUCAUCGGCGAGACGCUGCCCUACCAGUACAGCAGCGCCCUGCGGGGCGCGCGCACGCUUCGCUUCUACCGCGGCCUCGACGUCGAGUCGUGCCUCUGGGAGUUCAACAGCUACUACGACAUGUCGGAGCUGCUGGCUGACUGCGGCGGAUCCAUUGGCACCGACGGGCAGGUGCUGAACCUGGUGCAGUCGUACGUGACGCUGCGUGUGCCGCUGCACGUCUCCUACGUGUUCCAUUCGCCCGUGGCCGUCGGCGGCUGGCAGCACUUUGACCUACAGUCCGAGUUGCGCCUCACCUUCGUGUACGACACGGCCAUCCUGUGGAACGAGGGCAUCGGCAGCCCCCCCGAGGCUGAGCUGCAAGGCUCGUUGUAUCCCACCAGCAUGCGCAUCAAUGGCGAGGGACGCCUGGUUGUCAACUUCCGAUCGGAGGCUCGAUUCCGCGGGCAGUUUGUCAUGUCCCACCCAGGCACGUCGCUGUCGGCCAUGGUGAUGUCGACGGACCACCCGGGCCUCACGUUCACGCUGUCGCUCGUGCGCAGCGAGGCCACGUACAACCGCCCCGAGCAGCAGUGGAGCUUCACGUCCGACUACGCGGUGCGCGACUACUCAGGCACCUACACGGUCAAGCUCAUCCCGUGCACGGCGUCGCCCAACCAGGAGUACAGCAUCCCUGCCGUGUGCAACCCUCGCGAGCCGAUCACCUUCCACCUCGACAUCCGCUUCCAGCAGGUGAGCGACCCCGUGGCCACAGAGUUCAGUCUCAACACCCAGAUGCACCUACUUUCCAAGAAGGCACUGUGGCUGUCGGACGGCUCGAUGGGCUUCGGCGAAGGCACAGACACGGCCUUCACGGAGGGCAGCACGAUAUACGGCCGAGUGAUGGUGGACCCGGUGCAAAACCUGGGCGACUCGUUCAUCUGCACCAUCGAAAAGGUGUUCCUGUGCACGGGGGCCGACGGCUACGUGCCCAAGUACAGUCCAACGCGCGCAGAGUACGGGUGCCUGGCGGACGCGCCCUCGCUGCUCUAUCGCUUCAAGAUAUUGGACAAAGCUCAGCCUGAGACGCAGGCCACGGUGUUUGGGAACGUCCCGUUCAACUCCCGCUUGGCUAUCGACGACCCGGAGGCCCUGCCACUCGUGAAGCAGCCGGGCUCGGACGGGUUCCGCAUCGACUCCACGCCACUCUUCCAGGUGUCGUCGGGCCGCGAGUGGUACAUCCACACCAUCUACACGGUGCGCUCCAAGAGCUCGGCCAACCGCGGCAUCGGCAAGCGCAGCGCCGAGCGCACGCUCUCCCGCUUCCACUCGGUGUCGUCGGCGACGAGCGGCGGCGCGGCCGCGGGAGACGUCGCCCCCCUCGCCCGCCCGCUGCGCCACCGCAGGGCCGCGGGCGACUCCGGCGAGCCCGCCCUGGCGCGGGACAUCGGCGAGGAGAACAACCGCGGCACCAACAUCCAGCACAUCUCGCUGGAGCCCGGCGCGGCCCGCCUCUCGGCCGGCCUCGACCACUCGCGCUCGGCGGACGACCGCGGGCGCCCGGGCGACCGACGGGGCGGGGGCUCCCGGGAUCGCGGCGGCGGCGGCGGCGACGGGGACGCCGGGGACGCCGGGGAGGCCGGGGCGGCGCCGUCCGUGCCGGCGAUCGUGGGCGGCGCGGCGGCCGUGCUGCUCGCGGCGUGCGUGGCUCUGUUCGUCGUCCUGGCCGCGUCCCGGCGGCGGUGGCGCCGCGGAGACGGCGGCGGCGGCGGCCGCGGCCGCCCGGCGGGAGGGAAGGCGGGAGGCGCGGGUCACGGGCCGCACGGCGGCGGGAGCAGCGAACCCAUGAUGCCGCAGCGGCUCCACGGGGGCAGCAACGGCGGCGGCGGCGGCGGGAGCAGCAGCAACAGCGACAGCUCGGAAGUGUAACUCUCGCGCCGCUCUGCGGGUGAUCUUGCGCGAGGUCGCGUCGGGAGGGCUCGUGCUCUUCACCCGGCGCGCCGGUGCUAAACGUCACGACGGCCGAAGCACUCGCCCUGUGUUUUCUCCCUUCACCUUUUUUUUUCUUUCAUUUUAUUGGUUUUGAGUUAUCUUGAAUUUUUUUUUUAACAUUAAUCAGAACUUGCAGUAAUGCAUUAUUGGUGCUUUAUAUAAAAGUGAGAUAAUUACUGUUGUAGUAUUGCCUUUCUAUUGAAAUACAUUUUUGUAUGUGCUUGUUUAGAAAUGUAGCCUAAAGGUUUUGGGUUGUGUUUGAUGGCAACUUUAAAAAUGUAAAAAAAAAAUAGCAUGUAAUAUUGCAGGGAGUGCCGUCUGAAGAGAGGGCACUUCAAUGUGACAUUUUGUUUUAAACCACUCCAGAGUUUCUUCACUUCAUAUCGUCGCUUUGUUCUCUUUUGCGUUUCUUCUUUAAAAAUAAAUCCAUCACAAUUGGCUUCCAGUAUCCCACGAAUGCUCUCAGGGUGACAGAGAUGUCACCGUGGUCUCUUCAACGUCGGGAGAAGUGCAGCGAGUUUUCACAUUUGCCUCGUGCCGUGCUUCUUGCCAAAGUGAGACCUUGACGUCAUGCCUCUCACGUUACGUCAUCCUCCAGUGGUGCUACUCAAGUGGCUCAAAUGUUUUCAUGGGGCCCCAAGAUGGAAAUAUGAAGAAGAAGAAAACGUUUAUGGUUCCCAACUCACGAUUUUGUACUGCUUUGCACGCUUACCACUAAACGCGACAAUUGAUAAUUGGCCGUGGAUAUUCACGUUGAAAUAGGCCUGAUUUGUUUCGUAAUUUGCAGAAGGUUGCUAGACAUGAUAAGCUUGGCCACAAGGAAUGAAGUUGCUUUAAGAAUCAUUUAAAGUUGCAUUAUGCAUGAUAAUGGCCAUAGGUCAUUCCAGGCAGAGUUAAAUACACUUCACGAUAUCUCUUUACGGUGUGAUUGUGCAAUCGUCCAAUUGUUCUCUCCUCAGUGCCUCUCAGUAGCUCAAUGCCAAAGCUGUGUGCUAAACUAUUCUCACAAUUUGUAAGAUAGGACACAUAGAGACUGCUUUUAGAUUUAUAUUGAAUAAAAUACGUAAAUAUGCAUUGUAUUAUUUUAUUGUUAUUAUUAUCCAGUCUAGUUUAAAUAUCAAUGCUUUGGCUUGAUUUUUUUAGUAACAUUUGUUUUAUUUUUUUGGGUGGCAGUGGGUUAAUUUAGCGUAAAUUUAGUUUUGGACUGUUUUUCUUUGCCGCUUUAAACUUUUUUUUACUUCACAUUGUCCUAUGGUUUCUUUAAAGUUACCCCAAUCAUUAAAAAUGGUGUUGAACAAUUAAUCUUAUUAAUCUGGUGACAUCAA